AUGCCUCUACAUCAAGUUGCGUUUAUCUCGAAGGGAAAUUGUCAUGAUUCGUUCACCUCAUCUACUUCGUCUGGAUCCGAAAUCGACUACAUGCAAAACAUCAAAGCAAUGCUGGAGAAGUUAUCGAGUCAAGUUUCUAAAGACGGUAACUCCCAGUUGCAGCGUCUCAUAAACAAUAUAGAAAAUCCAGAGAAGACGAAACCAGUAAAAGCAAUAUCACUUGGUGAAUUGAAUACAGUAGAUUUGUAUUUCAUUAUCAUAGCCAUUUUGGAGAGAAGAAUUAUCACAUGUGAAGAGGAGAAUGAUGCUUUGAAGGAAGCGUUAAAGAAAGCAUUUCGUCGUAUUACCACACUAGAAGAACAGGCAGGAAUCUCGAGAGCAAGUAGGAAAGGCUUCAAAAAAGAAAAGUUCUUCGAAGCUUCUACGUCAUCUUCAAAAACUACCUCAGCUUCUGAUUGA